AUGGCCGCUUUAGUAGCCGCCAAAUUGUCUAUAUAUUUGACAAAGCUGUUUCCUGAACUGUGUCAUCAAAAGUUUCUUUGGAGUUAUAGCCAAAUAACUAUCUACUGGAUAAAGGGAUGUGCAAGAAACUGGAAACAUUUUGUAUCGAACAAAGUUUCUGAGAUUCAGUCACUCACGGAUCCUGAAUGCUGGUUUCACUGCAGUGGGAGUGAAAAACCUACUGACCUUUUAUCUCGAGGAAAAAAUGCCUUUAACCUUGUGAGAAGUUCCCUUUGGUUACAGGGACCUAGCUGGAUUUCUCAACCUGAAAGUGUUUGGCCAGUAAAUCAACGGAUCAAUAUCGACGAGGAGAGCGUUCAGAACGAAGCAAGGGUGCAAACAUCUUUUCAUGUUUCUGUUCAAGACGUAGGAUCUUCGGCAUUACUAGAGUUAACGCGAUUCAGCAGGCUGUUGAAGGUGUAUCGAAUUACGGCUUAUGUUAUGCUGUUUACGAACAAUAUAAAACGAAAUCCAGUGAAAGUCAAAAGUCCAUUAAGCUCCGUUGAGAUUUCGCGAGCUGAGCUCUAUUGGGGAAAAGUUACACAGCGAAAAUACUUUGCGAAAGAGACUCUAGAUCUAUCAAGUGGAAAAUGCUUAGAAAAGACAUCGUCGAUUUAUUCACUUAACCCAGAAUUAGAUACCCAUGAUCUUCUGCAUUUAAAGGGCAGACUUCAAUUCUCAGACUUUGCUUUCGAAGAAAAACACCCAUGGCUGUUACCUUAUAAAGAUAGAUACAGUGAACUAGUAAUUUUUGAAUCUCAUACCAAAUUGUUUCAUGCUGGAGUCGAAGCUACCUUAGCCGAUGUUAGAGAAAAGUUUUGGAUCAUAAAAGGACGCCAAUUCGUCAAGUCCACAUUAAGGGCUUUUUGUGUAAACGAUACAAGAUUGGCCGGGUUGGCUGCUCUAGGUUAUGUUAUUCGAAUAUGGCAAAGCCAAGAAGACCAUUUACCUAAGAAUACAGAUGCUUUCGUGGAGGAGUUUCUGAGGGUAUGUGAUUCCUAUUCACAUUACCCAUGGGCAAAACCACGAAAACCAACCGUGCAACCAGUUCAUUCGCCUGCGACUGAAUCCAAACCAGGUUGA